AUGUCGAGCCACGCCCUCCGGGAGACUGGGGGAUCGAAACUAAAACUGCAAGCCAAGCCAACCACAAAAAGCUGCCAUGCAGGAUGCAGCUCCCGACAAAAGCCUCGACGCCGCCCCUGCUUACCCAUAGCCAGGAUCCUCAUCCACAUCAUCCUCGGCGGCAGGAUUGCGGAUUGCGGCUUGCGCCGCUUCACAUUACAAUUACGCGUUUGUGAAAUUCAUUUACAUUUUAGAAUUUUAGUAGUGGAAAUUAUAGUUCUGUGUCGUCCUUUACCGACUCAGCAAAGGCAAUUUCCCAUUGUGAAAAACAAUGGAUGUGCCGCCAUUAAGAAUUCAGUUGACCCACCCAUAUUUGAUGGUAACUUUUGGAUAAUAACCAGGUGGUUGAAAUACCAGAAUACAAAACCCUUCGAAUGUUUUCGGGAACAUUAUUCACCGGAUAUGCCUCUGGCGACUCGACAAAGUGUUUUUCUGGAAACCGACAAUAAAAAUUAUGCCGUUCACUUAACUUGUUUGGGCGCAGAUUCGUCUGAAGAAAGUGAUGGAAUGGCCAAUUAUUUGGUUCAGACCUACGCCAUUGACAGAAGGCCAUCAGUUAGAAUUAUGAAGAAAAUUCUGCAGGCGCAUAAAAGGCGCGGCUUGGAUAUGAAGUUUCUAAAAUAUUGCGUGUAAAUAUAUUGGGAAAAAUUAUUUAUUUCCAUUGAAAAAAGGGGUCUCUAGCCAAUAACUAUACUACGAAAUAUCAUGCUAAAUUUUAAUUAGACAAUACAUUUGAGUUUGGUUUUUGUGCUUCCUUACCAAAACUAAUGUAUUAGUUUGUGAGCCAAAUUAAAUUGAGGUUUAAUUAAAAAAGAAAUU